GCAAGCGAGGUGUGUGCUAAGGGUUGAUCCCAUGCCACACUUCGCUUUCUCGUAUAGCUUAUACGUUGAUGGAAAACCUCUGCAGAAAUUUACCGAGAAGCAAUCUCAAAUUAUGAGAACGUGGGCUCUCAUAGCAGAAGGAAUUCGAUACCGAGUAGUAUUUGAUAAACAAACCUUGAAUAUAUACGUUAACGGGCAGAUCAAUGAUGCCGAAAGUGUUUUUGUUAGUAACGGGACCGAGAUGAGAUUCACUUUGGGCACAUCGUCAGCAAUGAUCAAAGCAACGUCUACCGACAAGAAGGAAGGAGUGGUGCAUCAACUUUUUGUUGGUGGCAGCCUCGUAGAAGAAGAUCUGUUCUGAAUAGAAUCAACUUUAUUCAUCAUACAGUGGGGCUCAACGAAAUCGAAACGAGUUGAAUAUGUUACC